UCUGAGCUGAGUACACUCCACUUGCUGGCCUCUAAACUGAUUGAAAGCUUUAAAUCAACUAGAUGACGAUUAAAACCCCUUUUAGCAGCUCAUUUCAGUUCACUAAUCAGAGCUGAAAGAAAGCUAAAUAGACUUUUAGAGAGGUGUAGAAGAGAGAUUAGUGUGGCAGAGGAGGGGCGUGACAGGGAACCAGCCGAGCAGCCAAGCUGCUGCUGCAAGGGGAGGAAGAUCAGGAGAUGCAUCAGCCAAAGCCAGAGGUCAAGAAAAAAAGCGACAGAAUAGUGAAAAGGUAGACUCAGAGAGAGAGGAGGGUCAUUUUGUGAUCUGAGCCAGAAACCAGCCUCUCUUUGUUGUUGUUUGUGGGGCCAACCGAGCAGAGUGGAGGAUGUGAAGGAGAGGGAGAAAGGGAGGCGACUGCAAGGAAGACAAGACAAAUGCUCUCAGAGAUGAUGUGCAGGAGGAGCUGCCAGCAGCAGCAGGAUGGGAAAGGGGGUCCACAGAGGGACCCCUCCAGCCGCAGGAAGCACGGCUGGUCCAAGAGCUGCAGGGGUCGCCUGCAGGGGCGGAGGACAGGAGGGGGAGGGUGGCCAAGAGGGCGCAAUCACCAGCAGCCCCCUCAACGUCAUCAUCCCCACCACAAUCAUCCCAGACACUUCCCGAGGCCGGGGAUCUCGCUCCGGCCCGUCAACGUCAAAGGAAACAGAGCGAGGGGGAUGCGGGCCCCCAAGAACACCAACCAGUUUCUGAUGCACGAGAAGUACCAGAUGCUGCACAUGCGCUCCGACUCGGUCGGGAGCGACAGCAGCAGCAGCUCAGACAGUGAAGUGGAGCUCACGGACAUGGACUCAUACCUGGGCGUCCUGGAGAAUGCCAGAGGAGCCCUAUUGGACAGUCCCAACCCACACAGCUCAACUUCGCCUACAGGGCAGAUUGUGGUACUGCAGGAUGACAGUCUGCGUCUGCAGGAUGACAGUCUGCGUCUGCAGGAUGACAGUCUGCGUCUGCACGAGGACAGUCUGCGUCUGCACGAGGACAGUUUGCGUCUGCAGGAGGACAGCAUGCAGUAUUUCCCCUCUGAAGACGACUUGAUUAAGAGCCAGAAUUUCAUGCAGAGGGACUUUGUUGAGUUCUGUGACAUCCUGACACCCUGAAGGGGAACUUUCAGGGAGCCAUUUUGUUCUGUGUGAAACUCAAACCUAUGACAGAGCGGGGUCAGGUUUGUUCCGCUUCAUGCUCACAGAAAAAUUACAGAAAAAAAUAUCUCCAUCCUAUCGAGUCAUUUAGCCUUAAAUGUUAAGAAUAAGCUUGCAGGGUGAGAUUAUUCCAUCAGGAAUGAACUUUAAAAAAACAUAUAUUUUUAAAGUCAUUUUCUUAAUACUUUUGCAGUUAUAUGCCUUAGUUCAUCUUUUUUGAAGAUGCUGGUAAAAGUGAAAUCAUCUCACCCUGGUGGUAUUUUUCUAGGUUUAAGAUAAAACACUUGAACUGAAUGCCAGAUUAAAUGACAUUACUAAGAAAGAUGUUUUUUUUACUUUUCAUAUUUGGUUCAUCAUGUACAAUGUGUCCAGGUGCUGUAAAGUGCUGCCUUUCUGUUGUUGUCGUUGCACACAAAGAGAGAAGGGUUUGGUGGGGGGAGUGAGCCCAAACAGCCAAUCGGCAUCGAGCUGGCUGGAUUAGGCUGCAGAUGAUUGGCUGAUGCAGACUGUCAUUAACCAAAAAAGCCAUUUACUGUACAAAAUAAAAAGAACAAAAAAAAACCAUAAAUAAAAAUCUAAUUGAUGUAACGUUGGCUGAUUGAUUGUCUUUGUUGAUAUCAAUGAGUGCAAAUUUGUUUGUUACAAGAUGUGUUAUUUAUCACUGUCAGUGUGUCCCUCAGUCACCAUUUUAGCU